AUGGGGCUGGUGUGGCAAGGCGGGCUGGCGCGGUGCUGGCGUCCCCUCGCGCUCCGGAGUCCUGUGCAGGUCACCCGUGCGCCAGCCCUGCAGGCUGCACCUCGGCAGAAGAGCCAUGACGCCACUCAGCAGGACUUUGAGAAUGCCAUGAACCAGGUGAAAGCUCUUGAAGAAGAUCCGGGAAACGAAGUGAAGCAGAAACUGUAUGCACUGUACAAGCAGGCCACCGACGGACCCUGCAACACCCCCAAGCCAGGCAUGCUGGACUUCGUGAAUAAGGCCAAGUGGGAGGCGUGGAACGGGCUUGGCAGUCUGCCCAAGGACACUGCCAGGCAGAACUACGUGGACCUGGUGACCAGCCUGAGUUCCUCUGAGGCCCCUCGCCCAGCCCAGGCCACCACCGAGGGGACACGCACGGACUCUGACGCGGCGGUGGUGGUGACCUCCGAGGAUGGCAUUACCAAGAUCACCCUGAACCGGCCCAGCAAGAAGAAUGCCAUCACCCGCCAGAUGUAUAAUGACAUAUCUCUUGCCCUGAAAAAGGCAAGUGAGGAUGAUUCGGCCAUCACUGUUUUCACAGGGAACGGGGACUAUUACUGCAGCGGGAAUGACCUCACCAACUUCUCCAACAUCCCUCCUGGUGGUGCCGAGGAGCUAGCCAAGGCCAGCGCCAUCUUAUUGAGGGACUUUGUCGGCGCUUUCAUCGAUUUCCCGAAGCCUCUGGUCGCGGCGGUGAACGGCCCGGCCGUGGGGAUCUCGGUCACCCUUCUGGGGCUGUUUGACGUGGUAUAUGCGAGUGACAAGGCAACGUUCCAUACCCCAUUCAGCAGCCUCGGUCAGAGUCCGGAAGGCUGUUCUUCCUACAUGUUCCCUAAGAUAAUGGGACCGGCCAAGGCCGCAGAGAUGCUCAUUUUUGGGAAGAAGCUGACGGCCCGAGAAGCCUUGGCCCAGGGCCUUGUAACGGAGGUGUUCCCUGACAACGUAUUCCGGGAGGAGGUUUGGGCCAGGCUGAGGGCCCACUCCAAGCUGCCCCCAAAUUCCUUGCGGAUCUCCAAAGAACUUCUCAGGAAGAACGAGAAGGAGACGCUACACGCAGUGAACGCGGAGGAGUGUCGCAUACUGCAGAGCCGGUGGCUGUCAGACGAGUGCCUCAACGCCAUUAUGGCCUUCAUGACCCGCAAGGGCAAGCUGUGAGACCUCGGGGCUCUCCUGGGAUAGGCCCGUGUCUCUCCCUCCGGGGUCCCUGCCCUUGGAUGAAGUGAAUACACAGGGCUCAGAUCCUCCUCCACCCGCCCCCCUGACUGUCUCUCCCCAGAGCUGUUGAGAGUGUUUUAGGGGCCGUGAAAGGAGUUUUAAGAUUAAAACUUAAGUUUCACAUGAAAA